GCCGCCUCACUGAACUCAGCCGUGAUUCACUCACUCAUUCACUCAUUCAUUCAUUCAUUGUCUGUGCAGCAGAACACACUGCUGUCAUCUGAACGUGUGUUUCUGUGGCUGUAGAAGGAGACGACAGAGAGAAUGGAGCCGUGCAGCAGAGACGGCGCGUGUGCGUGUGUGUGUGUGGACGUGGGCUCUGCUUCCGCCGCUGUGGUUGAACGGGACGCCGCUGAAUGAACACUUGCAGUCCGCUGGUGACUCCAUGACUUGAGAAACUCUGGUCGAAGUGAGCGGACAGAGGGAAAAGCGGCUUUUCAUGGGAAAUGAAUGUGACGGGGAAGCAGCAACCUGAGCUGAUCGAGCGAGCCGCCAGCCUUUUGGUCUCUUCUCCGACAAAAUCUGGAAUUGCUUUGCUGUACAAUGAGCAGACGAACAAUACCUAUGAUGUCUGCCUAAAACUGACCAGGGAGGUAUUAACCAUACAGAAGCUGGACGUGGUUUGCACGAGUGGAAGUGAAUCCCAAGUAAAUCACAGAACUGUUGUACUGCGAAGACAAGCCACUGGUGGUCUGGGCUUAAGCAUCAAAGGCGGCGCGGAACACAGCGUACCUGUGGUUAUUUCAAAGAUUUUCAAGGAUCAAGUCGCCGAUCAGACGGGGAAGCUGUUCGUGGGAGAUGCUGUGCUGCAGGUCAAUGGUAUAAAUGUAGAGCAUUGUACUCAUGAGGAAGUUGUUCACCUCUUGCGCACUGCGGGAGACGAGGUCACCGUCACCGUUCGCUAUCUGCGAGAAGUUCCAUCAUUUCUUAAACUGCCUCUAGGUUCUCCUGGCCUGUCCACCAACCCCAGCAGAGUGUCCUCCCCCCUCUUUGACAGCGGCUUACAUUUAAAUGGAAAUGGAAACAACACGGCUCCUUCACCCCCGUCGCCCACUGCAAAUGAACCAAAGUAUGAGAAGCGCUGGCUGGAUGCCGUCUCCCUGCCCCUGCUGAUGGCCAGAGUCUCCAGAUACAAAGGUGGCACAGAUAAAUUAAGGUCCAACUGUUUUGAGGUGUUCACCUUGGAUGGAGCCAACACCAAUAUUCUUCAGUUUUGCACUGCAGCAGAAAGCACAGACUGGCUCCAAGCAAUAUCUUCAAAUAUCAGCGACUUGACUCAAGAGAACAUAAAGGCCAUCAACACAUGCUGUGCUUCGGAGGAUCAGGUUGUUCACAUGGGCUGGGCGUGUCGGAGCCCAGCGGGCAACACUGCCGAUCCAACUGCAGCGUUCAAGUUCCUGGCUUUGAGAGGACCAUAUUUUUAUAUCUUCAGAAGUCCCCCGAUCAGUGCUGCUGACUGGGGACACGCCGAAACAACGUAUAACCUCUAUGAGGUUCUUUUCAAAGUUCACAAGCUGUGGAUGACAGAGGACUGCUGGCUCCAGGCGAGGCUCUACUUGGGGCUGGAACACUCACCGGAGCAGCAGGACCAUGAGUGUCUGUGCUUCAGCAUCCUGGUGGGCCACGGCCAGAGCCACACCUUCAGGGUUGAGCUGGCCACAGACCUGGCCGCCUGGGAGAAGACCUUCCAAAGAGCUGUGUUCUUGGAAGUGCAGCGGAUAAGAUCCAAAAGCUACAUGUGCAGCAGCCAGGGGAACGUGCAGUGCUUCACCAUCGACUUUGGACUGGGCUUCACUUGCUCCGAGGGCACUUCAAAGACCAUGCUGUGGCGAUAUAAGUUCUCUCAACUUAAAGGCUCCUCUGACGAUGGGAAAACCAGGGUAAAACUCCUUUUCAAGAAUGCUGAAAGCAAGCAGAUAGAAAUGAAGGAACUGGAGUUUGCUAAUCUGACAGCCGUCCUUCACUGCAUUCAUUCUUUUAUCGCUGCCAAAGUUGCCUCCAUGGACCCUCUCUUUAUGUGCAGUCAGAGCUUGCCUGGAAAUUACAUGAACAGCUAAGAAGACACGUCGUCGUCAUCAUGUGCACCUGCAGGCAAAUGAGCAGUAUGUUAUGCACAGAGCUAACUGAUAAGUAUAUCUUGUUCUUGCUAUUUUUGUAUCAACCACAGAAAAAAGGAAACAUUUGUAAAAGAGACUAGUACACAGUGUUUAAGUAAACACAGUCAGGAGGGACAGGAGUCCAACCUGUCACCCAUGUGACAAUAUGGUGCCACAAACUGCCAUAUGUCUGACAAUGUGACACAGAACAAGAAAAAUAACACUAACACACAGGAAUUGAAUUAAGUCCAGUCACUGACACCUCAAAUGAAACACAAGAAGCCUCACAGAGGCAUUUACUGCAGGGCCAUUUCAUUAGCGUGGCUGAAGUUGUACAAUGGUUGUGUUUUGGUAUCUACCUUAAAUAACAAAGCCCCAAAAUGCUCUUGUUUCAAAUCCUUUGGGCUAAUGAGGAAAUGGAAAAUGUGAUGUUUUUUAAAGAGCCAUAUCAUCUGCUACCAUUCAAUAGAGUUAACGAGGAAUGGUCUUUACUUCUGUAAUGUUUCACAGCCUGCUCACACACUGCUCAAGCACCAUUCUAUGCCAUUAUAUACUGUAUAUCUAUAUUUAUUCUUGACAUCAGCCAGUGGUUUUAGGAGGCAGCGACAGUAACUCCUACGUCAGACACUAACAUGUUCCUCUCCUGUUUCUGUCUGAUGAAGACAACAUAUAAGAUGAAGAUGUUCUCAUAUUGCAGGAUGAGUCUGCCGUCAUUAUGUGUCAUUUGCUGUAAAAUGAGAUCGUCUCCAGCAUAGCAACCCUUCAACUGAUAACAUGAGGUGAUCACAUGAAAUCCUCUUAUUUUAAGCAUCUUCACUUUCUUGUAAAGCCGUCUUAUGUGUUGAACUAGAUGAGCAAAGUUAAUUAUGUCACCUUGACAUCCAUUUUGACAUAGUGGACAAACGAGGUCACUACAAACUACAAGAAAAACAUUUGACCAUUACAUCACAAAAGAUAUGAAACGGCAUGAAAACUAACUAGAGUUUGAUUUUCUGCACAAGUCUUGUAAUUGAAUUCGUCCCCAAUUAAUCCCAAUGUAUUUGUGUGGGGAACCAAUAACACAUUUAUGGACAUAAUGUGCUCUCAAGUAAGUUAACACAUACUUUAUGUGCUGCUUUAUAACGAGCAGGAUCCCUUUAUAUCUUAUUGCCACUGGUAAAGAAACCCAUUUAAACAUGUGUUUAAACAGGUUUUUCACCACUGUUAAUGUGUUUAAUCCACAUUUACUCCCAGAACUCAACUGUCUAUGAGGAUUUUAUGAACGUAUGAGUGGACACAACACACGAGUGAACGUGCCAAGUUCUGCUUCACCUGCUUCACCUUUGGCAGCUGUGAUGCUCAUUAAUCUUCCAGCUGUCAGUAUUGAUGUUAGUUGUGGAACUUGUUUUUUAAGACUUGGGACAGAGAGCAAUAUUUUUAUUUACUUUAGUUCCAGUGUACCUGCUAAUUUAAGCGUGAAAGAGGCUUCCUGAUAAUUCUGAUCGACGUCUCAUCCUUCCUCAGACAUGCGUCAGAAACAGAAACAGAGUGAAACCGGAGCAAACCAUGUGAAAGGUGAAACGCCUCCUUCUCUGACUCAACACGAGCAUCAAAACAUAACAAACAAUGAGGUUGUUGUGCUGGUAUGUCAGUGUUAUUUCCUCUCUGUCCUGGAACCUCCUCACUCUUUGGUGACUCGUGCAUAAACGUUUCUGUCACUGGGUCACACAGGAUACAGGGAUAUUAAGAGCAAACUAUAAACUCAGAAUAUGUUAUCACAGCUCACCGCUGAGCUGAAGUUGACACGAUACUACCUUUGGCUUGUCUUUGUUUAAGGAAUAAAUAAACUCUGAUAUGAUGAA